UGGUUCAGUCACUCGAUAGUUGUGCAGCCGCGUCGACGACCACACGUAGAGCCCUUCCCGUUGUCCAAUCUGAAAAAAAAAUUAAUUAAAAUAAGUAAAGUUUUUGAAAAAGAUUUUAAAGUGUUUUUUUGUUUAAGAAUUUAUAUGAAAAUAAUCUACAUAAACGUACGAUAAGAGAUUUGUAUCUAACAACGAUUCUUGCGGCUGGUUCGAAAGUGAUCGAAUUGCAAUUUGCAGAAUAAGAAGGAAAAAAUCCUAAAAGAAAGAAAAGAGAACAAAAAGAAAUAGAGGGAACGAAAGACCGCAGUAGCAGCAGCAGCAGAAGCAUCUUGGCAAUGGCACAGGCAACGGGAACGUUUGGAGCUAAAGAUCACCAGCAGCAACAUGAACAUAAUAUCGGAGACGAUGAAGUCAGCGAACUGCACAAGUCACGUAAUUUCUAUGACAAAGUGCGAGAGCAGGCAGAACGCUUUGCCAGCACACGCCUGGGACAGUUUGUGAUAGCACGUGGUGAUAGGGCUCUAAGGAUGAUCGAGAUAACUGCCAAGUGGAGUCUGCCUCAGGAGAAAAAUGCUGCUCCUUUGGAGCGUCCUUUACCAUGGAUGGCAUUCUUGAUGCUGAUUAUUCUGCUACGUGUGACACGCAUGUGGCUAUCGAUGGGUGCCCUGAUGAUUGGCAAUGGUCCUGUGUCGCCCACAGAUAUGAUUUAUUUCAUUCAAACACGUCGUCGCAAACUAAGGGCCAUACGUCUGCAUGGCCUGAAGGUGAUGAGGCAACGCGAACAGGAGCUACAAUAUGGUGCCGGUAAAGGACUAACCUACAAGAUCAGUCAAUGGCUAUCGCGAGCCAUUUGUCGUCCUGGUGUACAGAGAGCCAAUAGUGGACGUCUCUUUACAGUGAACAGCAACAGCCUGGAACAGACUUAUCCAUUAAAGAAUGUUAGCAAACGUCCGCGUGAAGAAGAGUCACAGACUGAAGCCGAUCACAAUUUGACCAUCGAUGAAAUGUUGGCCAAAUAUGCCAAUGUGAAUUCGGAAGAUGACUCUGAUUUUGUGCCUAAUGCAGCUGGUGAAAGUAGUGAUGAUAGCAGUGAGGAAAGCAGUGAUAAUUCCAAAUCGAAUCCAAGCAGCAGCAGCAGCGAAGAGGAAACCGAUGUGGUUGAUGACAUGAAGGCCAAGCCUCUGGCAAUGAAUGGAGUUCAUGGCGAUAAGGAGAAACAUGCAAAUGCAACAAAACCCACGACCACAAUUAUCACCAGCAAUGGCGACAAGGAGCAUCAGCAGACGACGACGGAAGUUGUGCAACAAGAAGAGCAAAAACCCUUGGCAGCCCCAAAGGAGGAGAAGGAGAAUCAUAAGGAGUUAAAGGAUCAGCCGUUAAAAACCACUCGUCUAUACAACAAUACGGCAGCUGCAGCCAACGUUGAUCCCGAUCCCGAUAUCCAACCCCAAAACCCAAACGAUCCUGUUACCGAAUCCCAAGCCCCAUUUGAAGACACCGUCAACUGCAGUAGCAGUUGCGUUUCCAUUGUUAACCAAGAUAACCAGCAAGAUACCCAAACUGAAGAGCUAAAAACCCAGACAUCCAAUCCAAACCAUCCCAUUGUCGAUACCCUUACACCAGCUACCUCCUCUGAAGAUAUUUUUUAUAGUCCCAUUGGAUCGCCAACUACUUUUAAUACCACCCUGGGACCUCAAAUAAAGUCUGCCAUUAUUCAAUUUGGCUUGGCUCAUUCUACACCCACUAUAGAUAUGGAAGACUAUCACUGCGAGGCCUCGGAGUUGGAGUCAGCAGUCUUGGCCAACAUUUCUCAAGCCCAUGAGAUUGAGUCGCAACGUCAAGAUGCCCAGAGCAUUAAGGAACCACAAAAACAGCCACAGAUACAGCAGCAACAACAGCAGCAACAUCCUCGCCAGCAUAAUCAUCCUCAUCAGCGUUACCGUGGUCGCAAUCGGCGCUAAUCUUAAUCCUCUCCUCUUCCUACUUCUACUUUUAUGCCUAUAUCCAAAUCUAAAUCUAUAUCUUUGCCUAUUUCUUAUAUUGUUAGCUAAUAGUACGAAUAAAUACUCUGAACACAUUUCUAUAUAUAAA